AUGCAGGCUUGGAAGACGCUUAGUCGUCGACCCACGAUUGCAUCGAUUAAUACCCGGUACCAAAAGACUCUGGGCCACAAACUUAGGGACCUCAUUGAUGGGGUCGCCAAUUUAAUCGACCCAUGGGUAAGGCACAUAUUUCCGAAUUUUAUCGCGAUUCAUUAUUUCUACAUCAUUGCAAUGACCAUCAUCACCUCUAUUCUCAUGUAUCCGGUUAAGAACUACCCCUUUAUUGAUAUUUUAUUUUCUGCAGCAGGAGCUUGCACACAGGGCGGCUUGAACACUAUUAACACAAAUGAGAUGACAUUAUACCAGCAGCUCGUAAUAUACAUCGCAUGCUGUUUUACCACACCUAUAUGGAUUCAUGGAGGACUGGCCUUUGUAAGACUCUACUGGUUCGAACGUUAUUUCGACGGAAUUAGAGACUGGUCCAAGAAGAAUUUCAAAAUGAGAAGAACUAAAACGCUCAUCCAGCGAGAGAUGACCAGUACAGGCACCGGCGCGCAAGCAAGAGUUUCUUCUAAGAUGGCCCCAGGGGAUAAGAAUUCGAUUAGAAAUACAGAUUUCCAAAGUAAGCUCUUUAGUGGACAAAUGAUUAAUAGAGAGGAAAAUCCAACUUUGAGCGAGAACCACGAAAUGACGAACAUUUCUGGGGGCAAAGAGAAUCAUCCGGAGUCUUUCCAAAAAAAGGAAAUGCACACAAGCUCCUCGACGGGAUCCACCAAAAGUGUCGAGCAGCCGGAUGACACACCAGGGAUCAAGUUCGGUGCCAUGCCCAAACCGCAGAAAAAUGCCGACCAGAAGUCGCCAGCGGUGAUGGAGCAAUUUAGCGGGAGGCGGCGUUCGCAAGAUAUCUCUCCCGCGGAUAUGUUUCGCUCCAUUGCAAUGCUGAGGAAUCGGCACGUCGUGGAGGAAAGGGAGGAGAGCGGGCCAGCGUUAGUAAUUAAUGGACCGGCCGAAAGAAGAAUCGAAUCAAUUACUGGAUUAGCUUCGCCAACACAUAGCGAUAGUACGGUUCAAUCUUCUGAUGGGCGUAAAGAAUCUGUCCCUCCUCUCUUAACCAAUGGAACAAACUCUGCCGGGCUGGAUAGCUCUUCCUCUUCGGGGGUAGAAGGCUCCAAACCUGUUACGUGGUCUCCAGAAAAUGAUCAAGGUAGGACGAUACCUUCUUCAAUCCAAUUUGAAGAAAACAGACCCCCAGUGAACAAGAAACCAAGCGAGCGUACGCUUGGUAAGAUACCCUCUAAGAGACGCCCCAAGGGCAUUGCUAAAUUGGCACGAUCUGGUAAACUCAGGGAGAAAAUACGAAGAUUUAGAAGCGAUAAUGGCGAUGAAGAUAAUGAUGCUGACACGGAACGCGAUUCAAGUCCGAGCGAGCAUGAAUCUGAAGAUCGUCAAGAUUUUCUGGACUCGGAGUCAAGGAUAGAUUCAGGCCUAUCUUUUGAUAAUAUACCCAAUAUUGAAAAAGUUCAAUCUAAUCUUGCAAUUCCCUCUCGCGAUGCCACAGGAGGUUCGAAGUUUUACAAAAGAAGUCACACCAUGGAGCCGCAAGGGAAUGGAAAUUUAGAGCUCUUGACCAAGUCUCCAAGUUUUCAAAGAAUGAUAUAUGAUAAGUGGAAGGAAGAUCGCAGGGGGAAGGGCCGCUUUUUGAGAUCAAACAAUAAAUCAAAGCUCAACAGAAGUUAUAGCGACUUCAACGACAGUAAGCGUAGCGGAGCAAGUAUUGAUUGGCCUAGCAACGACGAGGAAGAAAUGGGAGAUUAUCUAAGGAUGUCAUUUGAACAACCAACUACGAGACAACCCCCAUUGAAACGAAUGAGUACUAAUUAUCUUUCGUGGCAGCCUAAAAUUGGUAGAAACUCGACUUUUGUCGGGUUAAGCGAUUUGCAAAGGGCAGAAUUGGGCGGAGUAGAAUAUCGAGCUAUUAAGCUAUUAUGCAAGCUGCUCCUCAUAUACUAUCUUGGGUUUCAUAUCCUGGGGUUUGUGAUGCUGCUUCCUUGGAUCACGCACAUGAAAACUUACAUUGAGCUCCUACGCUCUGACGGUAUAUCUCCUGCCUGGUGGGGUUUUUUUACUUCUAUGAGUGCUUUCAACGACUUAGGCAUAACCUUGACUCCGGACUCAAUGUUUUCCUUCAAUACAGCUAUUUAUCCGCUGGUCACUAUGAUGUGGUUUAUCGUUAUUGGAAACACCGGUUUCCCAAUUUUUUUGAGAUUUAUCAUAUGGGCGCUAUUCAAGGUCAGUCCAGAGCUCUCAUUGCUAAAGGAGUCUUUAGGAUUUUUGCUGGAUCAUCCUCGCCGCUGUUUCACUUUACUGUUUCCAAGUGCACCCACUUGGUGGCUGCUGUUUAUUCUUGUUGCAUUAAAUGCGAUUGACUUGAUUCUUUUCAUUGUACUCGAUCUACAUGCAAAAGUUGUCGAGGGCUUGUCGAGUGGAUUCAAAAUCCUAGAUGGUUUGUUCCAGGCAGUGAGCACGCGGACCGCGGGCUUUUCGGUUCUUAACCUAAGCCUACUACACCCUUCGAUUCAGGUCUCUUACAUGUUGAUGAUGUAUGUUUCGGUGUUACCGCUGGCGAUUUCGAUAAGACGGACAAACGUUUAUGAAGAACAGUCGCUAGGAAUCUAUGAAGAAGGGCGCUCGGAAGGUAAAGAUGAGGAAGAUGCAGUCGAAGACCAAGAGAAGCGGGAAAGGCGUUUGGAUAGCAGUACGAAGUCUUUCAUUGGCGCGCAUUUGCGACGCCAGCUGUCGUUCGACUUGUGGUUUUUAUUUUUGGGGCUCUUUAUCAUAUGUAUCAGCGAGGGAGGUAAAAUACAAGACCCCAAAAAGCCCGACUUCACCGUUUUCCAAGUGCUGUUCGAGAUCGUUAGUGCGUACGGUACCGUGGGACUGUCGCUGGGAUACCCCGACACGGACCAGUCGUUCAGCGCCCAGUUUAACACGUUCUCGAAACUCAUCAUUAUAGCAAUGCUCAUUCGUGGAAGGCACAGAGGUCUGCCAUACACGCUAGAUCGUGCCAUCUUACUGCCGAGCCAGAACUUGGAGCACAGAGACCAGAUUGAAGACCGGAAAUCCGAAAGAGGACUUCAAAGUUCCGAUCCCCUCGUUGCGUAUUUGCGGAAACAAUCACGCUCCGCAAAGGGCCAACUGCGCAGCAUGCUGCACCCACAAAGAUCUCGGUACACGGACGACGACGCCACACCCUCGCUGCGCAGCUCUGUGGACUACCACUCGUCUGCCAUGAACUCCACGAGAACGCCAGGCCUCGUCAGCCCGCGGUCUUCCGUGCCAGACACAAACAGCCACGUUCUCGACUACCGCGGCAGUGACGACAACUCUCGUUUAUCGGAUCAAGCUCCAGACGCUCAGGAAAACGUCAGAGCCCGCGUUGUACCGUAA